GGCGGGCACUUAAAAGAUUUCGGCCAGGGAGCUGAUCUCAGCCAGCACCCAGUCGGGGCAGUCUGAGUCCCCGUAGAAGCAGAACUGCUGCGUGGGGAGAGGCGGUCAGAGGCGCACUGCUGCUCUGCGUCCUCCCCGCUCCCCGCCGCCGACUCCCGGCCCACCACGUCGCCGCUGCUCCCCGGUCCCCCAUGCCGCACAGUCCGCCUUCGCGAUCCGGAACCGCCCCGUGUGCCGGUGGGGGGCUCCCCGAGGGGCUCUGCAGGGGCCUUGGGGCCGGGACCCCGGGGGUGCAGCCCGACCAAGGGGCGGGGCAGGGGACGGGGUCCCGGGAGCGGGACCCGGGACGGCCACGGACCCGCGGGAAGGGCCCCUCCGACACGGCCCUAGUCCCUCCUCCUGACCACCCGAGCACCUCCCGCCACCCCGCAGGCUCCAAGCCCCGCCAAUCCGGGCCCGAGGCAGCGUCUGGCCGGCCAAUCUCGGCCCGCCUUUCUCGGCGCCGUCCAAUCACAGCCCGCCUUUUCAAUCCGGCAGCGGUCCCGCAAGCUCUGCCCGCUCAGCCGCGGCGCGGCCCCUCCGAGCGGCACCGUCCCCCCGUUCCCCUCAGGCGAGGGAAAAUCAUUGACUUGGGUCCAGCAAUGCCAUAUGUGUUGGGGUGUGAGCAGCCAAAGCAACAGGCUCCAGCCCCACCGACCGGCGCUGGGGGCUCCUGGUGCUGCCCGUGGGGUGGGGUGACGAAGCUUAUGGAAAAAAAGACCAAAGGCCUCGAGGCUCCCUGUUUCCCUUCGGUCGCCGUGGAUGUGCCGGACGCCUCUGGCAGGACUAACCCUGUGGCUUUUAUGUCCAACGUGCUGUGCUGCGUGUGCCUGCAGCAUCCUGUACAAGACAAAGCUACCUUUCUUUCCUCGUGGGAAUGGACCGGCCGGGCUUUGGCAAUCCGGCCCCUCGAAAGACUAAAGUGACCUC